CUCUUCUCGUGUGAGGGAGUGAAACAACAGUCAGUGUGACUGACUCCUAAAUAUUGGAGCUGGCGAUAACGACAGCCUGCGCCUCCACCCGUCAGAACAACUCAAACUAGAGUAAAAGUGCCAUGGUUUGACACGUGGUGACUUAAAGAAAAGGAGGAGGGGGGAUCCACAGAGGCGGGCUGAGCUUUCAAGAGCGAGACCCUUCCACAUGCUGUCAGGAGUUGGAAAUGUGGAGCACCAGAGGAGCGCAGCGCGCCACGCCAAGAGCGCACGGGAACUUGUAGAGAGCAGUCCUGCUCUUAUUAUCGUUAUCCCCUCUACUUUUUAUUGGCUUGUUAAAAUAAGGUAAUAAUAAUAAUAAAAUCACUAUGGAUGCUUAGUAUUUUUCCGUGCACAUACCCUGGAGCAUUUUUCUUUUCUUGAAGGAGCAUUCCGGUUGAUGUUCACAUGACUGAUUUCUACUCGAGGCUAUAGGAGAAACUGCGAAAUGGAGACGUUUACAAUCCACGACAUGCUGGUAAACUCAACGGACCUCAACAGGAUUUUGUGCAGUUUUGGGAUCAAGAAUAUUUCUGAGUGCGAGAGCGAGCAAGACCUCUUACCAGAACCCAAAGACAUCAACCAGACAGUGCGGAUCGCCCUCUACAGCCUCAUCUUCCUCCUCAGCGUGCUGGGGAACAGCCUCAUCAUCGCCGUCCUGGUCAGGAACCGGCGCAUGAGGACCGUCACCAACCUGUUCCUGCUGUCUCUGGCCGUCAGCGACCUGAUGGUGUCCCUAGUCUGCAUCCCCUUUACCCUUAUCCCCAACCUCAUGAGGGACUUCAUCUUCGGCAACGGCAUAUGCAAGCUGGUGAUGUAUUUCAUGGGUGUCUCUGUGAGCAUCUCCACCUUUAACCUGGUGGCCAUCUCCCUGGAGCGCUACAGUGCCAUUUGCAACCCCCUCACCUCCAGGGCGUGGCAGACAAAAUCCCACGCCGCCAAGGUCAUCACUGCCACCUGGUUGGGGUCUUUUAUACUGAUGCUGCCCUACCCCAUUUUUAGCACCCUCAAGCCCUUCACCCGCCUCAACAACAGCACCGGGCACAUGUGCCGCCUGGUGUGGCCCAACGACAUCAUCCAGCAGUCCUGGUAUGUGUCCCUAUUGUUGCUGCUCUUCCUUAUCCCUGGGAUCGUCAUGAUGACAGCCUAUGGACUCAUCUCAAUAGAGCUCUACCGGGGCAUCAAGUUUGAGAUGUCCAACAGGAAAGUUGGCAGAGACAGACAGUCCAGCACUAGCAGCAUUAAGCCAGGUGACAGUGAUGGCUGUUACCUGCAGCCGUCCAAAAAGAAGAGUUUGACGAUGAACACCGGGAGCUCCAUGGUGGGCCGCGUGUGUGGCAGCGGCAGCUCCACGUCCAACCUAAUGGCUAAGAAACGUGUGAUCCGGAUGCUGCUGGUCAUUGUGUUUCUCUUCUUCCUGUGCUGGACCCCCGUCUUCGUGGUCAAUGCGUGGCAAGCUUUCGACCGGCGUUCGGCCUACCGUCUCACUGGCGCGCCGAUCUCCUUCAUCCACCUGCUCUCCUACACCUCGGCCUGCGUCAAUCCCAUCAUUUACUGUUUCAUGAACAAGCGCUUCCGCCAGGGUAUGCUGGCCACCUUUUCCUGCUGCAGCUGUUUCAGGACGGGUGGCGGAGGCAGUAGCAGCUUGACGAGGUCAGCUGGAAGCAGACUAACCAAAGGGGAAGCGGGCAGACCGCGAGAGGGGCCCAAGAGCCCUGAGCAGAAUGGUCAUACGUCACCAAGUGGAACCAGCACACGCUUCACCUACACCGGCAUCCGUGCAUCAGCCUGGAGUGAGCUGACUUAAGUCGGAUUGAUCCGCCAGUGUACUGGCACAAGUGCAAGCAUAUGUUGGAGAGCUGUGGUUUGUUGUUUUUGUGAAAAGCUGUCACAGUGCUUACGAGACUGAGCAGACAUGUUGCUUUAGCUCCACUAUUUUAAUGUGACGUGAGAGGUGUCCAGUAGGCAGAGACUGUGGAGCAGAUGUGGUGUGCUGUCCGUAAAGUCACAGCCAAUCAGCUGUGACUUUAUCAUAAAUGUUUCCAUAAAGCUUGCAGAGUGGCCGACUGAUGCCUGUUCAUACUUGCUUUUAAGGCCCACAAGCUUGUUGGAGAAGUGCAAAGUUCUGAUGAAGCAGAGAAUCAGUUCUCAUUUUACUUGCUUUUGUUUUAUACACGCUUGAAACUGCUUCUGAACUGUACAGUAACCAAACAGUAUUUACACAUGCUUCAUUUGAUCCACGUGCACUAGGUGGGCAGCUUUUCAAAUAACACGCAGUGCCAAAGAGAGGUCAAUUUUUAUAAUUUUAAAUGGGUUAACUGAUGCACUGAUAGUUGAAUAAAGUUUUACAUUUUUUUUAAUAGCUGAUCUAAAGAUUAAAUGACGUUAGUCUGAAUAAAUUACAAUGGUGAAAAAUGACCUUUUAAGCCAACAUGACCUUUAAGCAUAAAUAAAUAAAUAAAAACCCAUCUAUCUUUUAUAAAAUGAUAAAUGAGAAUCUAAACAAAUGUGCUUUGGCUUUUAUUUAUAAAUGACAACCACUGAUUUCCUGUUAUUUUAUAAUGUAUUGAAAUGUGCUUUCUAAAGCUUUUAAUAUGUGUUAUUCUUUGUAUUAUUAAUAUCGUUAAAAUUGUUGUGCAACAGCAAGGCUUUAAACAUAAGUAAAUGCCGACUUAAAGAAAACAUUCAACCUGGAUGUCAUUUGGAGCUGGAAAGUGGCUAGCUUAGCAAUUAGCAAUGUUAUUAAUGGCAAAAAAAGUGAAAUAAAGCUAUUAAUGGCGGGAAAAUGCUAUUAAUGGCAGGAAAAUCUAGAAAACACUAUUGGUGGGAAAUGUAAAACUGAGCUAUUAAUGGCAGGAAAAGUGAAAUAACGCUCUUAAUGGUGGGAAAAUGUUAUUUUGGGCGGGAAAGUGGAAUAAAGCUUUUAAUGGAAGGAAAAGGCGGGAAAAUGCUAUUAAUGGCGGGAAAUGUAAAAUAAAGCUAUUAAUGGCAGAUAAAAGAUACUAUAUCAAUACUCACGAAGAAUCCUACUAUUAUCAGCUCUAAAGGUCACUAAUGCUUUGCUGCUUUUAUAUGUAAUUCACAUGUACAAAUACAAAUGCAAAAACAUUUUGUUGCUAUUUCAAUGCAAACUCUAGUGCGAUGAUUUCUGCAUAGCUGGCCUGUUACGGGAAAUGACAUAAAAAAAUGUAACAUGCAACUCCAGAUUUUAUAUACACAUAAACAAAAAAGUUCAAGCUACAAGUAUAGUUUGAAGAUUAGAGGGGUGUAUAACGAGUUAGCAAGAUACUUUUUGUUCUUUUGUUUAGUCUGACUAUAUUUCCACGACAACUUAUAAUCUUGUCUGGGACAGGUUAUGUUCAGAGCUUUAAUUUAAAACUGGCUGGGAGUGUCAUGUGUGUGUGUGUGUUUUUUUUUUUUUUUUUUACAGUCCAUUAGUGUGACAGAUUCUCUGCUAAAGGAAUGUAUUUUAUUUAUGUAACCUUUAAAGCUUAACGUCACUAAAGUCCAGCUGUACUGUUACAGCUGCACAAAUUGUACCUUCCCACUGGAAUUUACAUGUAUUCAUAUUCAAAUGAUGUGAAAAAUGUAUAAUUUUUUACUUGUUCCUAAUUUGCUACCAAAAUUCCCUCUAUUAGUGAGACUUUAGCUAUUACACCACAGAUUGAAUUUCAAACUUAUCUAAUCAGUUUUACAAAGCCAAGAAAACCUAAUCAGUCAAUAAAACUAAUUUUACUUUGAGCUGGUGAUUACCAUGUCGGCUUUAUUAGGUAGAGUCUGAGCCAAAGAUGUGUGUUGGCAGUUUAAAGUUUCUGAGCUCUAAUGCACGGGUGUAACAUUAGAACUAAACAACAGCUCUGAGUGUGUGCCCAGCAGGAAGAAAACUACCGUCCGUAUUUCGGGUUUUAGGUUUUACUAAAUGAGCUAAGCAUCUUUGCGUUAGCUCAUUUAGCUUGAUGUUUAGUUCGAUGCUUGUGACAAGCACCUCUAAAAGACACUGAGAAAAAACAAACCCCCUAUUUGCACUUGGUUAUAAGAUGCAUUUCAAUGAAUCAAACAAGUGGAUAGCAGAGACACGUUGCUGUUAACACCUAUUAUGCAUCUUCAAGGUGUUCAGCUAACCACUUCAGUUCAUUUUGUUACUCGCGCCACGAGUCCCACUAGAGUAAGGGUGGACAAUUAAUUUUCCCAAGGGGCCACAUGACAAACUGGGCCCUCCACAACAGUCCCAGAUUACCAUGUAGCCCCUUGGGAAAAUUAAUUGCCCACCCUUGCUCAAGAAGGUCAAAGCACUAGACAAGCGCCAGUCUGGAUGAAAUUAAAAUGUUUUUCAAUAAACAAUACGUUUGUAUGGGGUUUUCCGGCAAUUGAUAUCGGCCAGGACAAGGUCAGUUGCUACCACCACAUCCUGCAUCAAUGACGUCCUCGCUGGGCACACAUCAGGAAACAUUAACUAUUACACCACAAAAAGCACGUGGCCUAAUGUGUCCCGGACCACCAAGGCAAGGGGUCUGAGUGAUCACAUCUCUGUGGUUGUUUACGCUUGUGUAUAACGCUGUCCGCUUGUGACCCGAUUGCCCAAGAUGCAUUUCAAACCAAGCGUAAACAGGCUCGAAAUGAGCUAUAAUAUCGAUAUUUAGGAAUUUUAAGCACCCAACUGUGUAAACUUGUGCUUGAAAACAACAUUUUAUGUGUCGUCUGAUCCCCAUGCUGCAGAUCAGCCACAACUCAAUCCCUCGCUGCCGUCCUUGACCCACCUAGUGGGCACGCAGAAGCCUUAUCUUUUUCUGGGACUCAAAGCACCUGCAACUCCUCUUCAAAGGGCCAAUUCCUGGCAUUAUCCGUCCAAUUUCCAGUUAAAUGUUAAAUAUAGCAGCACUGACGUAGCAGCUUAUUCACUGUAAAUAUAGCCCUAACGUUCCACUGUAAAUUCUUACUUUUAAAGUGCAGUGGCUGUGUGUUUUGUUCAACAUCGAGGUAAUGGGUUCAGACCUGAAUGUACAAAAGUGACUCCAGUGAUUUUUAUUGCUUUGUAAUAUACACCCGAGUUUGGCUUUGGUGGAAGAUGUUGUGAUCUCCUGCAAAUCUGUGAUCCAUCGACCAUAUAAAGUCAGUGCGUGUGCACACCUCAGCGGAGCGACUCGGAGCUUUUAACAGCUUUAACGACGGAGGAUUUAAAGGAAAGACGAUCCGCUGGGAGUUCGUCAGAGAAGAGCUCCAUUUGGGCUUGGUAAAUGCCCAAACCUCCCCACCUGCCGUCACCUUGCAGCCACCAGAUGUUGAAGCGUCAUCAGAUGCUGUUGUUUACACACCAAAUAAAUAAAUAAAUAAAUGUCAGUAACUGGUUAUUUCUUCUCUUCAGCUACAAUCAUAAUUCAAACUAAAAAUAAUCAAAGAAUCAUAAUAAAAAACCCACACAAAGUGAGAUUUUACAUCACUUUUUUUAUUUCUCAUUUUUAUGCCAAUAUUGCAAGUUUUUUUCUCAUUUUUUUUUCUUCUUUUAAUGACAUACAGAUUUGAGCAAUGAUCUGGAGCUGCAAUAUGUACAAAAAACAAACUAACGUUAUGUUAUAAAAAACAAAACAAAAAAAGAACCGUCCCCUUUGUUUUUGACGUUAUUGCUAAAAUGUUACAAACGGCACAGGUUUCUACCAUCAGCAACCCUUUGAGCACUGAGUAUACUACCACAAUGACACCUCUGCUUACCAUUUUUACUAGAAUAAUACACAGAUACAGUGAGAGAAGUGGAAGAUAGUGGAGGGGUGUGAGGAAGAAGAGGAAAUGAUAAAUAAAAGGUGAUCUGCAAGCUAAGCACAACAGGCUGCGUGUUAAAAGGUGGGAAAAGAAGAAAAUAAAAGGCGAGGAAAAUGUGAGUGAGGAUGAAACGUGUGAGAGAAAUAGAAAAGUUAGCGCUCUGUAGUGCAAACAGCCGAAUAAGUCUUGAGGAGAAGUAAGGCUGAGUGCGACAGAGAAAGGGCUCCACACUCCUUUUUUUAAAACUUUUUUUCUUAAACACAAAAACAAAAAUCUGUUUAAAGCUGCCUCUCACUCUGCCCUGUUUUUGUUUAGCAGUGCAUGAAAACUACAUUAUAAAAGACAUUUGGCAUAUUAGAGGAUACAUACAUUGUUCAGAGCUCAUUAUUAAAAAAACAAAACAAAAACAGCUGCUUUUGGAGGUGUAAAACAAAUAAUGACCAGACAUACACACAAACACACAAA